GCAGGCGCAGGCGGGUUGGUCACAAAGCAAGAAGUUGCUGCGGGACUUUGUCGUUUUGGGGCCGUUCUCGUGAACUUCUGAGCCAUGGAUGAGGAAAUUACUUAUGCUGAUUUAAGGCAUCCUACGGGCAGUUUGCCUCCUGCUAAGCGGCAGCGCGUUCCGUGGGACUUCCAGAAAGCCUGCAUGCUGGGGGUGCUGCUGCUGCUGCUGCUGCUGCUGGUGACAGGGCUCAGCAUGUGCGUCUUUCAGAAAACAACACCACCUCCAAGCGCUGCCCGGCACUGCCCUGAGACCAACGGGAGGAAUGGGACAGAGCUCUGCAAGAAUACCUCCAUUGAGCAGUACUUCUGCCAAUCCAAAUUGAGCAGCUCUGCAGCCCCUGCUGCCUGCCUGCUCUGUCCCCAGUUCUGGAGGCUUUUAGGGGACCGAUGCUAUGGGCUUUCCACAGAAAAGGAGAACUGGACACAAGCAAAAAUGAAGUGUGAAAAUCUGCAGUCUCAGCUGGCUGUGCUCCGGAAGAAGGCAGAAAAGGAUCACCUCCAGAAGAUGGCAGGUGCGGAGCCGGUGUGGAUUGGAUUAGAAGUGUCCACAAAUCAAUUGAAAUGGGUGGACAACUCCUCCUACAACAGCACAGAGUUUGAUAACCUUCCCGUGAUGGAGAAUGGCUGCGGGACCUUCAAGAACACAAAAGUGGAGGGCGACGUCUGUAGUGGUGAACACAAGUGGGUCUGCCAGAAAGAACCUUUACGUCUCUAUCCAUAAUGUGCAGGAGAUGGAGGGCAACGCAGCCCCUCCCUCUGAUGUGUGCCCACCCCAAAAGCCCCAGGCGUUGGGGUGAAGCUCUGCAAUACGGCUCUGUGAGGAGUUUGGGCCGUGCAGACCGCAGCACUGCCCGGGCACACGGGGGGACAUCGCUGCAUGCGCUCAUGCAAUCAGCUCACAAUCCUGUGUUAUUUCUCUCAAUAAAAAAAUACCGGAUUUGUUGUUCAGCAGAAUGCAUCUGUUUGCUCCAUCCCCACUCCAUUUCUUUUCUCUUCCUGCAAUGGGCACUGCAGACAUAGACGUGUCGGAGCCACGCUGCUGUCUGCCCGUGCUGCCCAUUCAGCCCUCAGAAAUGAAAGCAGCAGGCAGGAAGAGAAUUAUAAAAGCACACAGGCUUUGUUCACACUGCAACCACAUCCUGGACCCUCCCCCUACAAAAAUGGUUCAUCUUCUGUGCAAGGAAAGCAGCGGUUCUGAGACAUGCCUCUGGGAGUCCCAGGGAGUGCUUCUGCUGAACCCCCUCCCAUCUUCACCAUGAACGGACAAAUGACCGAUUCUGUGGUCACUGCUAUGGGCCUCAGCCCAAAUCUGGCACUGCUCCCCCGGGGUCCCCUCUGUGAGCUUGCCUGCGUCCCCGUCCCCUCCAAGAUGGAGUUCCUAUUGCAGGAAAAGAAA